GGUAGUUGUCAAUUGUCAUAAUUUAAACAUAACCUAAAUUAUCUUUCACUAUCUUCUCACUAAUUCACUUGCAUGAUUUGUAUUUGGAUUUUAGUGUACUUUAAAAAGAAUUCUAAAAAAUGUCAAUAGAUUUUGGCGAUUUGGAUAAUGAUAAAAAUAUCCAAGAAAAAUUGUCAAAUCUUCACAAUAGUGUGGAAAAAAUUGAAAUAAUGCUUGAAAAACUUCGCACUGCAGACAUAUAUGAACAGUUAUCUCUAAAACAAAAAGUUGAUUAUGAUCUCUUUAUAGCAUACACCUUAAAUACAUUGUAUUGGCUCUAUUUGCGAAUUAAAAAUGAAGAUCCAAAUAAAAAUGACGUAAAAAAUCAAUUAAAUAGGGUUAAGGAAUACAUGCUUAAAGCCAAACAGGCGAACGAAAGAAAUACUAUUAGACCUAAAUUAAAUCAAGCAGUGGCCGGGAGAUUCAUAAAACAUGGAAUUAGUCACAAAGAUGGUGAAAAUGUACCAGCCCCUAAUAAAAAAAUUAAAUUUCAAGAUUGAUAAGUAUUAAAAAAUAAUUUAAUCCAGAAUUUAUAAUUAUGGAAAAUGUAAAUAGAAAUUUGAUGGUAUAAAUAUAAAAUACUUUUUUAAAAUUGGAAGUAAUAAUACUUUCAACAUUUAAUUUAUUAAUAAAGUAUUAAAAUUAAAUCUCAUGAGAAAUACCCCCAUUAUAUUAAGAUUUAUUGUCUGAAUAGUAAACAGAAAGUUGGAUAAUUUUAUUACAUUAUUAUAAACACUAUUAUUUCUUUUUCAGUUUUAUAUUUUCAUAUACCUCUAGAUGUGGGAUCAAAAUUAUGAAAAUGAUUUCCAUGUGGACCACUUUUAUUAUAAUUUGAAGUUGUAAUAUAAUCCGUUACUGAGAUAUUGCAGACGGCCGUUUUUAGAAACGGAUUAUAUGUAUGUCCACCUGGUACAUACAUAUAAUCAUAGAAAAAAAUUAAUCAUUCAUUGGUAUGAGUGUUUAAUUUUUUUCUUUGUGCUUAUGCAGAAAGGCCUUUUCCUACACAAUCUACUAUUAGUCGCAUCAUUCAAAAAUUUGAAAAUGUAAUUGUAUUCAAAAAUGUACAAAAUGCAAAAUUAGUAAUCUAUUAUAGGUCAUAGGUGACACUAAUAAAAUUUGGCUAAAGAGAAAUGUGUCGUUAAGUAAUAGAACUGCUUGGAAUAAUGGUUACCAUCACUUUAACAUACCAACAAAUCUUGAUUUAUAUGAAAUUUUUAUUGAAAAUCAAAUGAAAAACGAACAUUUUGUGACAAACAUUGUAUAUAAAUGAAUUUAUGUUUGUAAUAUAUUGUGCAUUUAAGAUGUCUCUCAAGAUAUAAAAUAAAUAUUUGAGAAUUGCUAUAAGGAGUGAAUAUUCUCAAAAAAUUAAGUUUGGACGAGUAAUUCUUCUGGAUUGAUGGUAUAUAGAUAUUUGGAACUUAUACAAAAUCAAAUUUCCAAAAAAAAGUCACUUUUCCUGCUAACAAUAGGUAAACGUGAUGUUCAAAAUUCUUUAAAAAAACUUUUAAUAAUUGGAUUAUGUGUGAUCAAGUUGUAUCCCAAAUUUAUAUCCAAAUGAUUUUCCACUAUGGGAUUAUUUAAAACAAAAUUUUUAUUGCCACACUUUUGAAAGAAGCUAUAGAUUCACCGCACUACCAAAUAAUUAAGGAUGACCAGUUAUUCUUUGUGGGUGUAACAUUUCUAAUAUCGCUAAGUAUAAUAGUUUUGAUAAUAUGUAUUAUCAAAAUGUGGCAUAUGAAUUCCAUAUCUCUAUUCAUUAUAUUGACACAGAAAAGUAACUGGAUACAUUGUAUCUCUAGAUACCUUCUUAAUAGAUUAAAAAAUGAUAACUUUUGAACUGUAAACCUUGACAUCCUAUUGAAUAAGUUUAAUUCACACAAGAAAGGAAAAUAUACAGAGACUAAGUAUGGUUUUUUAUUAAGUUUCUACUUAUAAUUACAAGUUUUUUUAUAAUUAUAAUUAUUUUAUUGUAUUACGUGACAGGUGAAUACAUUCUUUUCUUAACUUUG